AUGCACUUGCCGUCAGAGGAGGCUGCAAGGAGACUGCUGGCAGCCAUUAGCAACUCGGAAAAGCUACUUCAGGCCGCGCUGCAGUCCGAGAGCAUCCACGACUUGGAAAACGCCUUGGACUCCGCUGCCAGCAGCGGACUGCGGGAGGAGGAGCUGAUCCACCGGGCGCAGAAGCUGCUGGCGCAGCAGUUGCAGAUCCGCCAGGAUGCUGAGAAGCAGCUGGAGGAUGCCAUGGAGGCACGUCGGCCCUCAAUGCUCAGGAAAGCCUUGGACGUCUCGGGAAGGUCACAAGUAGAUGAUGCCAAGACCCAGGAGGGGGAAGAUCUCUUGAAGCAAUUGGAGUUUCUGCUGUUCAAAUUGGAGGCUGCUGUGGGUUCAGAACAACGCGCAGCCACUUUGCAGGCAGCCCAGGUGAAGGUUCCUCGGGAGCUCUUGGCGGCCGCCGAGAAGCAGCUGAACUGCCUCAACGAACUGCACCGGGUGCUGGCCGCCGGGGAUGUUCCGGGCACACGGCGCGCCCUGAAGUUGGCAGAGAUGGCGGGUGUGAAGAAUGAGGAGAUUGCAUCUGCUGAUGAAGUGCAGCGACGCUGGGGCGAGCUGACGAGAGAGCUGGAGAUUGCAGUUUCCAUGGGCAACACCGAACGCUUGCAGACUGCGCUCAGCAACACCGACAACAGCGGCAUCUCAGAGGAGCAGUUGAAACCCGCGCGGAAUCUGCUGGGCGCCUUCCAGCGCUCCGAUGCGGCUUUCCUGGAGCUGGAUGAGGCGAUUGACAGCUGUGAUGCGGAGAUCAUCCACAAGUCCCUGGUGGACGCGUGUAACAACAACGUCUCGGACAGCGAGUUGAUCCUUGGUGCCCGCGAGAUGUUGGACAACGUGCUCUUUCUGCGACAGCAGUUGCUGAAAGCUGUAGAGUCGAUGGAUUUGCAGCGGCUGCAUGGCGCGGUGGAAGCCGCGCAUGACAGUCUUCCAGAGAAGGAUUUGGCCAAUGCCAUCCACAUCUUGGAGGAGCUGAAGACUGGCGAGUUGGGUCGCCUGGAGCGUCACCUGAAAGCUGCCGCAGAGAGCGGCGACUUCCGCGCGCUGGAUGCGCUGCUGCAGCGUGCGGAGAACGCUAAGGAGCUGGGCGUUCAGGUGGAAGAGUUGGACUUGGAUCACUACCAGCGCUUGGCGCAGAAGCAUCAGGCGGCGAAUAUCCAGAUGCUGCAGGAGGAUUUGCAAAGAUAUCGCCUGAGCACUGAUUGGCCUGCCGUUCUAGAUCGACCCGAAGAGGAUCAGGAAGAGCCAACACCUGAAGUCGUUGAAGUGGUGCAGCUGCCAUCAGUCGUUGUUGCUGGACAAGUGCAGCUGGAUCUUUACCCCCGCGGCAUCCGCAAAGAGUUUCUCACCUUGCCACGGGAGAUUGUGGAGGCAAAGAUUCAAAUUGCAUUGCCGGAUGCCUCGGAAGACGUCGAGCCUGUCAUGGAAGCUCGGUCCAGACUCGAAGAACUCACCGAGAGCAUCCAGGCCAUGUUGGCCGAGGAGGACAAGCUUCGAAAGAUUGGUGGUAUGGAAAUCCAGGACGACGGUGCCUAUCGACACGUGACCUUACCCAUUGCGCUGUAUCUCAGUGCCAGCACCAGCUCACAAGAAAUUAUCGAGGCCUUCUUCGAAGUGCCCGAGGACGCGCCCGAGGCCUCCGAGGACACAGCAGCAGGUCGCUCCUCCAGAGCCUUCCACCGCUCCAAGUCCUUCAACUCCAAGCGCAGGGCUGUGAAGGGCCUUUGGCAGUGUUUAAGAAGACUGGGCCACACGCGCCCAGAAUUGAACAGUCACUGUUUACAUGAUGUGCGUGGCCGUGUGCUACGCCGUAUCACCGUUGAAUUGUUUUGGACGCAGCCGGUGACCUACCGGGAAACGAUGGAUGCAACGUGCAUCGCUAUGACUGCGGAUGGCUUGGUGGAAGUCGUCAAUGCUCGAGGCGUGCACGGUGCCUACUAUGGGGUGGACCAGAGUUCCUACCGAAUCCAGUCCAAGGGCGUCGAUGCGCUCUUCGGGGCUGUGGCCCAUCUGGGAACAGAACGCAGUGAGGGCUCCGACAUGCAGGGAUCGUUGGAUGGGAAGAUGAUCUGCAAGCAGAUGAUGCAGGUUCGCUUAGACCUGCUUCCAGAGCGUGUCACAGAUCUUUUCUUCGUGCUGGCAGCCACCAACUCUCGCGAGCUGGGGAAGUUCACUCAGCUGGGCUUUCGGGUGGUUGACAGCGAUAUUGGCGCCACCUUGGCGGUAGAGGAAGAGCAUCGGAGUCAGCUGACCUUUGAGGCUGUCGUGAUCAUGUGUGCCAUCUACAAGUUAGGUGAUGGAUACUGGCGCAUUGGAUCCAUGAACGUCACUUGCAGUGGUUCACCACGUGACUUGAAAGCGGCUUUGUCAAAGCUGGAGCAGCUUGGCUUUCCUCGGAAGCACGAGACCUCAUCGCAGGAGCACUUGGUAGUCGAAUCUGUGAGACGCUACUUGGAGUUACCACGCUCCAGUGUGAAAGCUGCCAACGUCAACAUCGAUAGCUCCAACACAAUGACCAUCCAGUAUGCCAUUGAGGUCCUGCAGACUGAUGAUGUGGACGCGACGUCCAGAGGCGAAGAAUUGAAGGAGCGGCUCAGCAACGGACUCCACGAUGCCAUCCUUGAGGAGAUGUUCAAAUUCACCAAUGAAAAGGUGAAACCCGAAAGGCUCAGGGUGCUUCCCGUGAUUACCAAGUCAUUGAGCCACCUGUUCAUCGAGGU